AUGGAGUUUAGCUCUAGGAAGAUCGAGAAGCGCAAUCGAGCCCCGGUCUCUUGCGAGCCAUGUCGAGUCCGAAAGCAAAUGUGCAGCCGGGGCCAGCCCUGCGAAGGGUGCUCCAAGCGAGGCCAAGCAGCAUCCUGCCGCUAUGCGCCCAACGCCAUUCGAAACAAGCCUCGCACGCCCAAAGUGAACAUUCAGGAGCGGUUAGAUAACUUGGAAAGCAUGUUAUCGUCAAUGGUGUCGUCGACCUCCCCCAUCGAGCAUCCCGGACAGUCAACGGCCAGCUCCAAUACGAGCAGAGUGUCAGCCUCAUAUCAAAAGUAUGAGUUGUCUGUCAUGUCAACAUCAACGUCAACACAAAGCAAUCAAGAAGAUCACGUUUUACCUCCUGAGCUACCUCAUCGCCAUGAAUCUGGCGACGGUCAAGUCAGCUACGUAGACCCAAGCCACUGGAUGGCCAUACUGGACGGAAUUAAAGAGGUUCGGGAGCAUCUUUCGGCAUUUGAUCGCCCCUUGCUUCAGGAAGAGCCACCGCACAAGAGCUAUGGACUGGAAGAGGAAGCCGGGUUUUUGUUUGGCGCAUUUCCGGCCGUCGACAUCGACGAUGUCUUGACCGAUCUGCUGCCAAGGCAAACGUGCGAUGCGCUUAUUUCUCAGUAUUUCAAUUCGGGAUUCAUGGCUUCAGGUAUUCUGCAUCCGGAAAAAUUUCAAAAAGAAUAUGAGAAGUUCUGGGAAUCUCCCACAAAGGCACCACCGCUUUGGAUUUCCCUCCUAUUCUCUGUUUUGAGCCUCACAACGACGCUUCGCUUCAUCUCAGCUCCAUCCGAAUCAAUUACUACAACCUCUACUCUUCUUACCUUACGACGAAGAGCUAUCCAAUGUCUUAUACUGGGAAAGUUUGCUACGGCGAACUCCUACUCCCUAGAAAUCCUCGUCAUCCACUUGCAGUGUUCCUUUAUGGCGCAUAAGAAGCUCACUUCUGAUCAUUGGUUCGAAAUGGGUACUUUGAUUCGCCUCGCCUUUAGAAUGGGCUAUCAUCACGACCCAGAUAACUUACGAGGAAUUUCCGUCUUUGAUGGAGAAAUGCGACGUCGCGUUUGGCACAAUAUAAUCCAAGUAGAUGCACUCAUGUCCUUUCAGAUGGGGCUCCCUAGCAUGAUUCCGACCGAGCUUUGCGACACCAAAGUGCCCAGAAAUUUACAGUAUUCUGAUCUUGAGAUAGGAAUGACUUUGCUACCUCCAGGUCGACCACUAUACGAAAACACGCCCAUCCGAUAUCCAAUUGCAAAGGCCGGCAUCAUGGCCGCUUUUAAGAAGAUUGUUGCGCACUCACUCUCUAUACAGCCACCGACUUAUGACACCACAAUCGUGCUGGAUAACGAAUUGAGGGAAGCAUACAGUGCUAUGCCGGAUGUCUUGAAAGCAAAGGACGUUAGCCAGUCGUUUAUGGAUACGUCGAGCGUGAUAUUUGAGAGAUGUACGCUGGAGAUGCUCAAACUGAAAGGCAUCAUUGUCCUGCAUCGACGCUUCAUCACCUCUGAAGUGGACAGUCACAGGGCUGAGCACUCUAGGCGUGCCUGUGCUGAGGCGGCCCUCGAUAUUCUGGCUCGCCAGGCGGAUAUACACCAAGCAUCGCAGCCUGGAGGCCGUCUAUAUGAUGAUCGGUGGAUGAUGUCGUCACUCACCGUGCAUGACUUUCUUCUAGCUGCCAUGGUGCUUUGUCUACAUCUUUCAGUUUCGCUCCGAAGAACAUCACGCCCCUUUACUACUGGUAAGAACGAUGGAAGUUUGGCCGAGAGAGAGUAUCGCGCGUUGAAAACAUCACAACAAAUCUGGGCGUCCGGUGGUUCAACCUCCCCCGAGGCGCAAAUCGCGGCUUUGGCGCUCGAUCUAAUGGUGCAAAAGGUUGCAGAGAAAGAGUCCGGCCAUACUCGCCGAAACGAACCCCCCGCAAAGGAGUUUAUCCCGGAUAAUCCUUCCGAAGAACUCUUCCCAUUCGCAGGGACAAUGUCGCAAAUGAUUGAUGGCACAGAGGGGCUUGACUGGGGCUUGUUGGAUCAGUACUUUCAGAACAAUAUGAUGGAUGCGGCUCAGCUGGAGGGGUUCAACAUGGAUCUGAGUGGGAGCAACUGGUUUGACCUGAACCAAUAG